AGCAUCUGGUAAGAUCGACCCUUUUCACCUUUUUGACAACCUCAAUACUAACCAUCCUUCAGGGUCGGAUACGCCUACUGUGUCGCCGCAGGCUGCAGCUCCAGCUCCAGCAACACACCUUCCUCGGCUGCCAAAUCCUCAGCCCAAGCAAGCACCGCAAAGACCUCCACCGUCGCCACCGCCGCAGCACCAUCGACCAAGACAUCCACCUCCGCAGCGACUUCCACCGUCGUCGCAUCUUCCUCGUACAAAAUGUACAGCGGCAACGGCACUGUCGCCGCGGGCUGGCCCGCCCAAAACCAAUGGAUCGACUUCGACACCAUGUUCACCGCCAACAUCCCCAUCAUGAAGCAGUCCUGCGGCAACAACGGCUGGGGCGCCAACGACUCGGACGACGAAAUCGCCGCCAUAAAAGCCGCGAUCAAGAAGGUUUCGGCAUCCUCAGGCGUAGAUGCACGUUUCAUCCUCGCCAUCGUCAUGCAAGAAUCCAACGGUUGCGUACGCGUUGUUACUACCUCUUGGUCAGUCCAGAACCCGGGAUUGAUGCAAGAUCACGCAGGCACCGGCACCUGCAAUUCCGGCGGCGUGAUCCAGGAUCCUUGCCCCAGCAGUGAGAUUGAGCAAAUGAUUGUGGACGGCACUACCGGCACUACUUCUGGCGAUGGACUUGUGCAAUGUUUGAGCCAAGCCGCCGCGUCAGAUGUAUCGCAAUAUUACCGCGCCGCACGCAUUUACAACGGCGGAUACUCUGGGUUCAAGGCUGAUGAUUUGGGUACUGGAUGUUGCACGCUUUGUUAUGCAUCUGAUGUCGCCAACAGACUCACCGGAUGGAGUUCUGGUGUCAGUGGAUGUCAUUUGGGCACUGCAUAGACUACGAACAGAAAAUGGAUGAAAAAGACAAGGAAUGGUUCUUCAGAUGCUGGAUUCAUCUGAAUAUUGAAAGGAAAAAGAGGAGGAAAUAAAAUACACCCAUGACAUCAAACACGUUUCUUUUGUUUAUAUAGCUAUACCAUUACAUGCCAUGACGCAUACACUUGUCUUGGUUCUUCGCAAGCGAUUGAUUCAACAAUGCUAAAGACUACCCACCC